AUGGUGGCCGUAUCGAAGAUUGAUUUGGGGGCUUGGUUCAGCAAGAGGGUGGUCGAUCCUCUCCACCAAAUCCUGCGCAGAGGGAUGGAACCAAAGCAAUUAGCAUUUUCUGCAGCUCUUGGCUUUACCCUAGGAGUCUUUCCCAUUUGUGGAGUCACUGCUCUGCUGUGUGGGAUGGCAAUUGCAUUACUUGGAUCGCGCUGCCAUGCUCCCACCGUGAUGUUAGCAAACCUUAUUGCAACGCCUAUUGAGCUGAGUCUUGUUGUACCAUUCUUGCGUUUUGGGGAAGUUAUUAUUGGUGGACCCCAUUUUCCAUUGACAUCUGAUGCUUUGAAGAAGGUCUUGACUGGGGAAGCUUCUCAUGAAGUCGUUCAAAGUGUUCUUCAUGCGCUAUUGGGAUGGCUUGUUGCAGCACCAGCUAUUCUCGGAGCAUUGUUUGUGAUACUUUUGCCGUGUUUUAAGGUGUUGGUUGUCAAGUUCCAUAGUGUUCCAUCAAGCCCAAGACAGUCAGGCGGUAUUCUCUCAGAUGUUACCCUUAAGGUAAGAGAUUGA